UUGUGACGUCGGUAAAGUCUCGUGCUUUAAGAGCAUCAUAUUACUGUCAGCGUCUUCCGAUAGACGGUCGCCUUUCUGUGUAGUUAAUAUAUUGUUUACGGAAGGAUUUGCCAUAAAACAUCAGGCACUUAACUGCCUAGUUCGAUGACUUGAACUGUUGCCAACUUGCCAGUAGUUUCGUUUCUCGGGACUAGCCCACUUCGUUUCCCGCCCAUACACAUUUCAAUUACAAAUAGUGAAAGUCAUAAGAUUAUACAAAUGAGAGGGAUGCGCUGAACACACACGUCCACCUGAUAGGAAACUGAAAGCAUGUAACUUUAGCACAGGUCACUCAGAAGACUUUUAAAGACACCUAUCUGUGUUUCUUCCGUAUAAAAUGUCAAGUCUCAAGCAGCACUUCACCUCUAUGGUGCAAGAAUUAAUUCCGCUUGGUGCUCCGCGACGUGACAGUGUAGCUGCCACACCACAUCCUGUGUCAUGUAGUCCACGUAUUGAACCUUCUGAGAAGACUCCAAAACUCUUGAAACCGCUGCCUAAUUGCAUCCAGCCCACCAAAAACCGUGAGCUGGAGCAGAGGAACAAGACCACUUCAGCUGCACUCAAAGCCUCCAACAAGAGACCAGAACGGGACCGUAUUCUCAGUAGCAAAGUUAUGAGAAAACUACAACCGAAUAAUGGCAACAUUUACUCUAGACAGAAGAAUGGCUCUGUCAAUCACACAGUUAAAAAGGACAUCCUACAGAGGAGCAGUUCUUACAACAAAGACAAAGAACUUUCUUAUGCACUCAGUAAGGAGCUCAAUGAAAACUUAAGGCGUGGAGGAGGCUCGUUUCAGCCAGAUGCUAUGAAAGUCCAGAGACAUUCUCUUCCUUAUACAUCUCACUCCAGGCAUAACCCUGAGAGUAGUAGUUCCUGCUUAUUCCAGCAGAGACCUAAAGCAUCAGUUAAGACAGGGGAGCGGAUCACCCACCAUCCUGAUCAGAAAAAAGAAAGACUGGAGAAUAGAGACCACAAAACCUCCUAUUGUAGUAACAUGUCCAUAAAGAAGAAAUCAAGCAACCCUCACCACAAAAAUAAUCCAGCAGAGGACAGGAUGUCCCUGUCUGGAAAGAGAAAAAAGGAGGGUAGUACGGAAAAUGAGAAGGAAAUGAAACGCCCAUGUGUUGAUUUCCAACCCUCUACCAGCUCUGCCAAAUGUGCUUUCAUGAAGGGCAGCAAUGAGUUUGUGAUAACCAUAAAGGAGAAAUCCCAUAAAAUGCUUCCUGCUGCACCAAACAGCAACAACAAACCCAGACUUCUGCCUUACCUCCCCAGUCAGCUGUUUAAACCAUGUAAGGACUCAAGCACAGCAAGCGACAAACCUAACUCAUUUAAACUCACUAAAUCUCCCACGGUUGCAGAGAAAAAAGACGUUAUGGUGACACAUGCCAACAAAAAUCCCAAAGCUCCACCCAGCCAACCGCAUUCACGCAAAGUCUCUCCGAAGUCAAGCACAACGUUCGACAGCAUCGAGACGCAACUCUUUGCACCAGACUGUUGCUUACCAUCGCCCAAAACUCAUAAUAAAAAAACUAAUGCUGAGAGAGAAACUUGGACACAAACAAGCCUCUCUUCCAACCAUAAGGAGAGUGUUAAAAUUGUCUCGUCCCCCCAUCAUCUCGAUCUAAGGUCACCCUGCAUUGCAAAACAAGCCGGUUCAUGUAAGAUGGAAACGGAUGUAAGAAUACAGUUGAAAGUGGAGCAGUCACGCAGCCCCAAGGCUGUCAUGUCUGUCCCAGCAGUGUCGGUGAAUGUAGAAGGAUCAAGAGAACAGAAGUGCUGCCCCAAGUGGAAAGAUCCCUUAGAUAUUGAGUUGGGAGACGACUCUGGCGAUGAGCUGAGAGAGCACUGCAAUAUCAGUAUGAGCAGCAGCAGCAGUGGUCUUGAAGAUGAGCCGCUGCCAUCUCUGGAGAAGCUGAUGAGUCGGAGAGACCAUGUGCCUGUUACUCCCGAAAAAGAUGCUUUUUCAGAGCCCAACACACCUGUCUCAAAAGCAGCUUCAGAGGCAGUCAAAACCAAAGCCGUUAGUUAUCGAAAUACACUGGAGCAGAUGCUGCAAGAGAAGGAACAAUAUCAGAGGUCAAAAGAGUUGGAGAGACAAUUACUUGAGUCAUGUGAAGAUGAUCUGCUGAAUAUAGAUGAGAUUGAGAACAGUGAAAGUAAAGAGGAAGACAUCUCACUUGAGCAAAGGAAAUUUUUGCAAAGGUUUUCGGUUGCCUCAUGUGCCAUCAGGGAUAUCCACCCAGGAGAGGAAAUAUUCCUGCCUGCUAGGUUUGGUCGACUCUUCAACCACCGGACUCUGGACCUGAGGAAGAUUACUAUGACGCCGCAUAACAAAUCACAACAAAUUAUCUUUAAGGCCCGUACUGAGCAUGUGCUGUCUCUGAUCAGUGCUGGCUUGUUGAGGAAAGCCUACUUUUCUUUCCCUUGUCAGCCUGAGGUUACACGCUGGCUUUUCCAGAUGAUGUCAGUUUACCCAAACCCAAUUAUUUCCUCACACAUCAUGCAGUCCUUGCAAACCAUUGCUCUGUCUGCUGCUCAACACAUAGUUGAACACCAGAGCCAAAGUUUUAAAGUGUGGGUACCCUCUGUACGUGACAUCACCCUGGUUUUCCUGAACAUGGGGGCAUCAUUCAUCAGUCUGUUCCCUCUUGAGGCUCUGCAACCCCCUUUUACUGAAGGAGACCUUUUAGAGAGCUUUCAGUUGGAAGAAACCAGCCAAGACCGAGUGAUAUCUGACAUGAAAGACAAUGGCACUUUACUGACACAUAAUUUGGAGAGUGUUCUCAACUACCUCUCCCUGUGUACUACAUUGUGUCCGAGAGCAUACACUGAUGAGGAGCUGGUCUUGCUUCUCACAAUGGUGUGUAGAAUUGGACUGGAGACUCAUUUUCAGCUGCUGCCAACUGGACACUUUAGCAUCCUGCUCCAGAAUCUGCUUAAAAAUAUCACACGCUGGGACGAACAGAUAUCUAAAGCUUGUCAGACCCUGACUGAUUUGUCAGAAGAUCAUCACAAUCUCAGGAGACUUGUUUAUCUUCUUCCAGAUAGCAGUCGUGGAAAGCAAUUAAAACGACACCUGAGUGUAUCUAUCAUCUCAAAGCUCUUGAAUCACACCUGCACUUAUAAACCAUCAGGGACAGAGUUUAAGCUGUCUGAGCUGAAACCUUACCUACCUCAAAUGCGUCCCUCGUCCCUACUGAAAGUCCUCAGGUCUGCAAAGAGUGCAGAAGAUUGUGAUACCAAUCUAGACCAACAAGCAUAUUACCUCUGCUACAGCCUUUUGACUUUGACAAAUGAAGCCUCCAAUUUUGAGUUUUUACCCUCAGCUCAGAGAGACGAUCUGCAGAGUCUUUCUUCUCAGCUGGAGAAGCACAUUAAGUGUGACAUAAGGGAGAGUGAGAAAAUGCUGUAUAGGAGCAAGGUGAAAGAUUUUGUGGCAAGGAUAUACACCAAGUGGCAGGUGCUUCUAACACGAUCAAGACCUCAGGAGGGAAAGCUGUAUGAUUACUGGAAGCCCCCACCAGAGGAUGAGGUGUCCAGCUGUCCUCAAGACAAGUCAUGCAUCAAAUCACAAGAUAAUUCAGAGAGUGCAGAAGAAACUCUGACAGAAGAGUGGAGCGUUGCAGACUCAGAUGAAGAUGCUGAGAGCAAAGAGGAAGAUUGUGAGGAACCUCAGCUUCUGGAGAGUGAGGUGAAGAUUGAACGGAAUGAUGAAGAUUGUGUGGAAGACACCAGAGAUGUAGAGGAGGAAAAGGAUGAGCCAAAGCAACAGAUGAUGGAACUUGAGGACGAUAGAAAGUUUGAACUAAUAUCUGAUGAAGAGCUUUCUGAAACUCAUGAAGACUCAGAUUGUGAGGAACCUCAGCCUCUGGAGAGUGAGGUGAAGAUUGAACAGGGUGAUGAAGAUUGUGUGGAAGACAUCAGUGAUGUGGAGAAUAAAAAGGAUGAGCCAAAGCAACAGAUGAUGGAACUUGUGGACGAUAGAAAGUUUGAACCAAUAUCUGAUGAAGAGCUGUCUGAAACUCAUGAAGACUCAGAGUGUGAGGAGCCUCAGCCUCUGGUGAGUGAGGAGAAGACCAAACAGAGUGAUGAAGAUUGUGUGGAAGACAUCAGUGAUGUAGAGGAAGAAAAGGAUGAGCCAAAGCAACAGAUGAUGGAACUAGAGGACGAUAGAAAGUUUGAACCAAUAUCUGAUGAAGAGCUGUCUGAAACUCAUGAAGACUCAGAGUAUGAGGAACCUCAGUCUCUGGAGAGUGAAGAGAAGAUGAGACGAGAUGAUGAAGAUUGUGUGGAAGACAUCGGUGAUGUAGACGAGGAAACAUUCAAGCCAAAGCAACAGAUGAUGGAAAUAGACGACGAUAGAAAGUUUGAACCAAUAUCUGAUGAAGAGCUGUCUGAAACUCAUGAAGACUCGGAGUGUGAGGAACCUCAGUCUCUGGAGAGUGAAGAGAAGAUCGAACAGGGUGAUGAAGAUUGUGUGGAAGACAUCAGUGAUGUAGAGGAGGAAAAGGAUGAGCCAAAGCAACCGAUGAUGGAACUAAAAGAUGAUAGAAAGUUUGAACCAAUAUCUGAUGAAGAGCUGUCUGAAACUCAUGAAGACUCAGAGUAUGAGGAUGACGAAGAUGAUCUCAUGAACAGAGAAGAAGAGCUUCUAAAAGAUGAAGAGCCUCAUGAGUAAAUCAUAAAGUACAUACCUGUAUAAGAAAUCAUUGAGGGGUUAGUGAUGCUAGAGAACUUGUUAGAGAAAAACAAAGAGCUGUUGGAGAUGAAAGAGGAAAAAUAAGGAAGGAAGGAGGAGAGGGAUGGGUUUGGAGGCGUCUGAGAAAAAACAGAACUAUUCUCAGGUCAUUUUGAGAGAAUUUUACACUGCACCUUUGCCACCAUCCAUGCAUAAAUACUAUGUGUUUUUUUUUGCAUUCCUUAAUUGUUAUAGAAUCGUUCAGUAACACACAUCAUGCAUGUAGUUGUUUACAUCUUGUUUAUAAUAUAUUUUGUAUGUUUUGUGCAUUUACCGGUUGUUUUUUUUUUACAAGAUUCUUCUUUUUUAGGAUAUAGGGUGUCUUAUUUAAUGUUUGGCCUCUGUGUCUCUGAAAAGGAGACCAUGAGAACAUAUUUUUAUACCCAUAUAUUUCAUAAGUUAUUACUUGUAUUAUCUGGUUAGUGUGCAUACUGAUAGUUUACAGGAUCUACUCUUUAUGGUGCUGUCUAAUCUAUUCAA